AUGCCUCUUAGUGCUGAGGAUGUUGCACGUGGUGUGGCACUUAUUGAUGAUGGACGUUCCAUUAGAUAUGCAGCUAAUGCCAUAGGAGUUCCAUAUGAAACUUUACGAGACGCCGGCAGGCGUUGUCGAGAAACUGGUUCUUACAAUAGUUGGCCCGGUUCUGGAAGGCCUAUAUGGGAUGACCGGUUUUUGACUUUGAGAAUUUUACGAAACCUGCACCUUACCGUUGUUCAAGCGACUCAUCAGCUCGAAGAAGUUCGAGGUGUGCAAAUUUCUGAACGUACGGCUCGGAGAAGAUUAAAUGAGUAUGGAUUAAUGGCUUUUCGUCCAAACACAGCCAUUGGACUAUGGACAAAUAAAGUGCUGUAUGUUUUAGAGAUGAGUCAAGAUUCACUCUUCGAUCUCCAGACGGGCGUGAAAGGGUGUGGAGAAGAAGAAAUGAAAGAUAUGCAGCCUGUAAUUUUUCCAACGUGGUUCCUUAAUGGAGUUCUCGAGCAGAAGCCAGCCCUUGAUAUCGAAUCAAGGGAAGUGAGUGAGGAAGAAGCUAGAAAUUGGUGUAAAGAAAAUGGAGACAUGCCUUACAUUGAGACAAGUGCUAGGGAUGCUAUCAAUGUCGAUGGUGCAUUCAGUACUGCAGUCGAUAUUUGGUUGAAUCUGGAAGAGGCCAUGGACAGGUGUGCCAACUACGGAGAAGGAACUAUCAAACUGAACAUGUUUCAGAACAAGAAGGUGCUGUGUUGCCGAGGCGCUGUGUAGCAUCUCAUUUCCAAAUAUGUCUUAAGAAAUUAUUGUUUUGCUAAUGAUAAGUAAUGGUAAGGUUUGAAAAUGUGAGAUUAUUGUGAUACAUUUGUUAGUCACUAGUAGUUGUUAUCAAUUUAGUUUAUCUCUUUUGAAAUGUAUAAAUGUAAUAUACAAAAAUGUUGGCAAUGAUUGUUAUGAGAUUAUAAAGAACAUCUAAAGGAACCAAUUGUAGAUGAAUUGUUGAAAAUAAGAUUACUGACUUCGGGUGUGUAUUUUAUCAUUCUUUACUAUUGCUCGAUAAAAUUGAAAAUAACUUUAAGGGGCUCAGGAUUGUUACUCGGAAAUUAUGACAUAAUAGUUAAUUGUUGAUACUCUGCUCAUCGUAACUUCAUAUUUUUUAUGUUAUUGAUACUGUUCUUAUCCUAACCUCAUAUUUUUUAUGUUGUUGAUAA